AAGCGUUAGCACAGACCUCGACUAUGACAGCAUUUGCCGACUCAGCUCCAACCGACCCUCCCUGGACGCCGGGUUUGGGCUGGAACACUUAGAAUGCGUAUGGAUGUGAUAUAAGCGAAGCAAAGAUUCUUGCAACCGCAAACUCGCUUAUCGACCUCGGUCUCGCGGGCGUGGGCUAUGAACACAUAAGUAUCGAUGAUUGUUGAUCUAAAACAAUGCGCAAUUCUACCACUCAGAGAAUUGACCCUGACCCUAUCAAGUUCCCGGACGGAAUCAGCUCUGUUGCUGACCGGGUGCACGCGCUUGGAUUGAAAAUUGGUAUAUAUGGCGACACUGGAACUGCUACGCGUUCAGGGUUUCCAGGCUCCCUGGGUAUGGAGGUUAUUGACGCAGCGACUUUCAAUGAGUGGGGCAUUAAUUACCUGAAAUAUGAUAGCUGUAAUGUCCCAGGUAAUUGGAGCGACAGUUGGCAACCUGAAGACGGUGAUUGGUACAACUCUAACUCUGCUGUUAGAUAUUGUCAGAUGGGACAAAGUGGUGCAUUAGCGCAGCAGUGUCGUCCGAUACAGUUUACCUUAUGUAACUGGGGAAAUGCCGAUGUACAGGAUUGGGAAGCGCGUGUGGGACAUUCAUGGAGAAUGUCCAGUGAUUCUAGCGCCUCCUGGUCGUACAUCACUUCAAUAAUCACGACUAAUGUCACUUAUUUGUCCGCAAUUGGUUUCUAUGCUCACAGCGAUGUGGAUAUGAUGGAGAUAGAAAAUGGAGCCCUCACCAUUCAAGAGCAGCGAACUCACUCUGCGGCCUGGGCAUUUUUAAAGAGCCCCCAUUAUACUUUGAACAAGCCUGACGAUACUCAAGUGACGUUGAUAAAGAACGCAGAGCUGCUUGCUUUCCAUCAAGAUACCACCAAUGGUACUUCGGCGUAUCCAUUCACACCCUACGCUGGCGCACCAACAACUUCGCCGCCCGAAUAUUACUCUGGAAGUUCGUCCGCAGGCUCCCACGUGUUCAUCAUUAAUACAUCUUCGAGUACAGCGACGAAGACGUUUGCUUUUUCGAGUGUUCCGGAGCUAGGACAAGCAGGGACAUGGAAAGUGCAUGAUAUGUGGUUGGGCACUGACCUGUCUGGGACCUACACAGCGCAAGCACAUGAUACUGCAGCCUACCGUAUUACUGCUGUGUAA